AUGGCACUUUCUUUGGCUGCAUCGGCUCUGGGAGGACUCGCCAGCUUGAGGGAGACGCUGGAGCUCGCAAGAAGUCACAGGGAUAGCCCAUCAGAAAAUGUUUCAAUUUUUUUCAACAAUCAUCACUUCGUCUCACAGACAUGGCGGCACCUCAGCGACGUCGACCGUGCCGCUCUUGCUCUCUCAUGCCAACAGGCCCUCUCGAUGGCCGGGAGAAGUGUACUGAAGCUACAUGUCGGGGACAAAUUCCUGCUCCUUCAACGCCUUGAGCGCGAUGGAUACCUAAUGGAGAAGGGGGAGAUUCUAUGCCCCGUGUGCCAGUACUUCCACCUCCCCCGACUCAGGCCCGGAGAGAACUCGUCCCGUUUUGAGAGGCAAUGCGCCUGCUUGAGUCGCGGAACCGAAAGAAUGCAAGCAAUGGGGUACGGGGACAUGGCGCCAUUGCGAUUCGACAUGGUUGCCGCCAUUCUGAGGAGCCACCGGCAUAAAAGCAGCUUCUAUCAUCCCAGGAUCUUAUACACGGUAAAACAGCACUGGACAGGAUCUGACGACGGGCCGAUAAUCUAUUUCAGAGGGCGGGCCGCGGUCAUUCACGACCAGCUUAUGGUGGAAUCGAAUAUCAACCUUUACGAAUACUUCUUGGAAGGGUCCGAACCCAAUACGGACCAGGACGUUGUCACGCGGUUUGCACAUGACUGCGCUUUGCGUCCGGAGCAAGAGGAGGAAAAGCCACGAGGAAUCGCAUCCCCCCCGAAUGAUGCAACAACAAGAAACAAGGGUACAUUGUGUGAUGAUUGCUGUACCGCAUUCACUAUCUCGUGCUGCAAAACAGAAGGGCGGGGUUACGCGAUGAUCCUUAGCAGUUGGAAGAACUAUGGCUAUGGGCGAGACUUAGAUGACCCAAUAUGGCUUUCCCAUACCAACAGCAUCACCGGAAAUAAUUCAGGCCACUAUAUCCCCGAGGUGUCUGCAUUUGAGGGCACGGGUUUUGCCUUAAGAGACAAUUACUGCCCUUACCAAUAUCUAAGGGAGCCUAAUCUAACAAGAGUAGAGCGAUUGGCGGCGUAUAAUAUGGCUAAGUACGAGUCAAAGAAAUUAUUAUACGAAAUCGGUUGCUGGCUUUCCCAAAUCCACUGA